GAUAAAGUUUGGUUAGGGUGGUAGUAACAGAAGAAGUGAAGAAAGAGGCACAUACAUUAGGUUGUUUUGAAAUUUGGGGAAUCGAAUAUGGCGGGAAUGGAAGGAAGCAUGAGCAGCGAGAGCGAUGCGAUUUUCGAAUCGGUGAUGAAUUUGAAUCCACAACUCUUCUUCAACGAAGUUCUCAACACUGUUGAUGAUUUCGUCCUCGAUACUUUCGAUUUCUACUUCCAGGAAGCAUCCACCAAGCUCAAUGCUGAAGCUACUCAAAGAUCCCAACAUCUCACACAGGGUGUUGAUUGCAUUCGACAAAAGGUUCAAUCUGUUUUGGAUCAAAAGCUCACUGUUUGGGAAAAAUACUGUCUUUAUCACUGUUUUUCUCUUCCCCAAGGCUUUCAAUUACCAAACACUCUCAAUGGUGAAACAAGUGGGAAUGACAUUAAUCCUGGUUCUACUUCUGAUCCAGAAUUAGAUGCUCAAUUAGAAUCAUUGAGGAAAAAACUAGCUGAGGUGGGGAAAGAGUCUGAAAUGCUGAAUCAAGAAAUUCAUGCAUUAGAGAGUCAGUCUUCUCACAAUGCUCGGUAUAUCAACGAGGCAGUACAAUUAUUUGAGCAAAACUCUUACACUGAGUUGUUUCAGGAGAUCAUGACUACCGCCUCAGAACUUCGAAUGAAGAUGGGAAAGCUUAACACCAACAUGAUUGAAGAGACAGGAAAAGUGAAAGCAAAAAGGAUUGACAACAAUAAAAUGGACAUUUCUGCUAUAUAUGCUUCCAAAGGCCUAUCUAAUACGAAAUUCGAAGAUCUUCAAGAAUAUGUAACUCUUAUGAAGAGCACGUGAGCUUGUAUAUAAUUUUCAUCAAGCCAGUUGGACUGGUCUUAUCACUCAUGCUUGCUGUACCUGUAAUUGUUUAUUGGUAGUUUAUUAGUUGGAAUUUUCCUCUCUUGUACUGAAAUUAAUGGAUUUAAAUUAUUCGGAGAUACCUGAAGAAUCUCGUAGUCUUUCUCAAUUUGGUUGUGCAAAGGCAGAAGCUAGAAGUUUGUAAGUGAUAGGUACCAAAGUGAAGUGCCUGACAAGUUAUAGGGAGAUACUUGUGUUUCUUUAAUUAUUAAUUUGAAUUAAUUGUUAGCUGAGUUUACUAGGUUGUAGUAAAGCCCUAUAUUGUGAUAAAA